AAUGGAUUGAGUAUAAAACGUACGUAGCGCUGUUUAAGGGAACCACAGAGAAAUACCGACACAUACGUGUAGUCUUCACCGGCAGAGACGGGGCGGGAAAGACAACAAUAUGUCGACGGAUUAAAAACGAAUAUGUCGACCUCGACUUACGCCAGCCAACUGUGGGAGCAGUUCUUUACCCUGCGUCGUUCUUUAUUGACUGGGAAUUUAAAACAUGGGGAGAUAUUGCUGAUCAAUCGCUUACGGACGUGAUUACAACACGUAUGGGUGUAUUGUUCAAAACGAACAUGGAGACAUCAGAAAUAGAGGCCGGUUUCCAAACAGCGUCCCAAGACGAAUUAGGCGGAGAUUUAUUGCUAGAAGACCCUGUGGCAGUCCAUCGAGCAGCAACCGAAUCCAUUAAAGUCGGACGUGCUUCACGCAGGGCCAAGUCUGAUGGAGCGUUUCUUUCUCUCUGGGAUAUGGGUGGACACACUUCAUUUCAGGCUUCACACAAUGUGUUUAUUUCUUCGCAUGGUGUGUACCUACUAGUCUUCAGACUGACAGAUUUUCUUAAAGACAAGUUGGAAACUGAUAGACUGAAGAAAUGGAUCCGGUUGAUUGGCACGUUUUCGUCAGGUGAACUUAACGCGCCAAGAUUGAAGGCACAUGAACCUCCACUUAUUUUCGUCGGCACCUUCCUGGACGAACUUAAAAAAACAUCCUCGGACUGCGACAAACUUGUACAGGCAAUGCAGUCAAGCAUUGCGAAAUUCCCCGAACUUGCAGCUCACAAAUUCGUAAGGUUCUGCACAGCGGACAACAGCAUUGGAAAUGAUGACACGGAAUUGGAAGUGUUGCGAGGUUUUAUUACAGAAGCAGCCGUGCACCAAGAUCAGUGGGACAGAAAACUUCCGGCCAGAUGGUUGAAACUCGAGAUGGACUUACUUAAAGCCAGAGAAGAAGGAACCUGGAUACUCACUUUGGCGGAGGUGAUUGAAAUGAACAAAAAGUCUAUAGCCCCUUUAACGGACGAGAACGAGAUGAAACUGGCACUGGAGUUCCUGCACUGCACAAGAUCUGUGAUUUAUUUUCGGGAGUUUGACCACAUCAUCACCAACCCCCAGUGGCUUGCUGAUUUUUUCAGCAUCCUGAUUACCGACGACGAGUUCCUCCCAAAAGGCGACCUUCUCCUGACCCGAGACCUGGAGUUGUACAUGACAAAGGGUGAACUUACUGACAAGUUGACCAAUGGUCUUCUAAGUCUGGAAAAGAACCAAGCUUUCCUUCCUUACAAGUCCGUUCUCCUGGCGCUGAUGGAAAAGUUCGGACUAAUAGUAAAGAUACUAAUGUCGGGAACCACUACAGAAAAUGCACAGUUCAGUGAGACGUACACCAUUCCAAGCAAACUUAUGGAGCUACAAAGCAUUGAUGAUAUAGCCAAAGAAAUCAGUAUCUUCAAACAGAGAAACCUCGCUGUCUCCAAAACCUUAUGCUUCGUGUUUAAAGAUGUUUACGUUCCAGAUGAACUUUUCCAUAGAAUCUUUGCCCAGAUCAUGAGAAGGUACAGAGCAGUGUCACUGUCAACAUACACUUUCUAUGAGCGUGACCAGGCGACAGUAGGCAACACCACUUGUUUAUAUUUCGGUUUUGGAUGUUUCGAGGUCGACGACCUUUGCAGAAUGAUCGUGUCCAUGAACGCAGAGCGGUCAGCAAUUGCUGUGACUGUGAUCAGUCCAACAGAAUCCCAACUUCCCGCAGACUCUGGACAACGUGUGAGGCUCUCAAUCGAACAAAUUAUUCUUGAGACGUUGCAAAUGAGUAACCAGCAACACUUUCAGUACGCACAUCAGCUGCACUGCAACUUCCACCUGAGUCCAUACGACACCCCAGUACAACUAUACGGCGUCAUCCACUCAGAGAGGGGCGUGCCUUGUAAAGGCAGCGAAUGCGAAGGACAACACAGACUGUCCAGAACAGACACAAAGUUUUGGAACAUCACAGAGGAUUCUGCAAGGUGUCAAGGCAAUGGGGAUCUCGCAGGAACAACGGGGGUUGGACCAAAUACCUCUGACAGAAGGCCUUCUCCUCGUGAACUUAGUCGUCUGUCCCGUCUAAUCAACCCCCACCGCAUUGAGCAAUUCUUUGUGGAACUUGGGCUUCCUGAUCUAGAAAUUGAGGACACAAAACGUGAGUCCCAAAACAUGCCUGUGAUCACCCUCAUUACCAAGCUGUUUCUUAAAUGGACAAUUGCCUAUCCGAAUAAGACGAUCCAUGACAUCCAACAAGCUUUGGAGGCGGUUGAUAUGGCCACUGACCGUAUCAACAACGUACUAGGAACAGACGUGGAAUCCCAGGUCAAAGAUAUGGUGCCAUUGGAGGUUUGGAAUAGAGUCCCGUCUAAUGAUGAAAUAAGGAAAAUCGUAGAUAACAUCGGCAAAACGUUCUUCAACCUGUGCCUAGAGCUUGGAUUGUCACCCCCGGCCAUAGAGCAGUGUGAACUGUCUCAUCCUACCGACUUCAGGACAAGAAUGUUUGCUCUCCUUCGGUGUUGGAUAGACCGAUUCCAGAAGAAGGCAACCAUAGGCAGGUUGUUGACAGCCAUGAAGGUUUGUCAGAUGGACUGGCAUACAACAGCAACAAACUUGUAACAUAACAAGGACAAAAAAUGUGAAAUUGUGUAACUGACUCAUGUGAUUCUGGACAAAAACACACCUGGUGAUUUUAACUUUCUUAUAACACAGCUUUACUGGAAUCAUGGAAAACACUUUCACAGAAAAAUUUAUAUGAAUUUCAGAGUUCUAAUAUUUGACAGUUAAGACAAGAAUAUUAAGACGGAUCAAUAGAGUCGUACCACGUUAUAUAAUUAUACAAUUUGAUUUAAGAUUUUACUGGUAAAUUGUUGUGACAUACUUAAUAUCCGGGAAACGUUUUUUGUCAUUCAGGAGACCACUAUAUAGUAAUUCGUUAUAGUGCAUAUAUCUUUUAUCUCUAGGGAUAAAUCUUUCGCGAUUUUGCCCUGUGAUCAAAAUUUCAUGGAUUAACAUUAUUUGAUAGUCAAAAAACCUAAAGCUGAAACAUCAUCUUUCUAUCAGCAGUGUAGCUAAUUGUAAAAGUUAAUGUUUUAAAGUUUUUAUACCAGCAUUAGAAGUCAAUUAUUAACGAAAUGUAGCAACUAUGCGAUAUAACAUACUGAAGUAUUUCUGACACAUUUCUUUCUCUUUAAUCGUAAUACUUUCCGUGUUAUUGAUUGAAUUACAAAAUUAAAAGAUUAGAGCACACUUUAAACUACCAAUGAUAAGUUACAUUUAUUUAUUUAUGUUUGUGUUCUUGACAAUCACUGUAUUGUUCACAUGUUACCUUUUGAAAUGUAGUCAUAACCUAUCUGGCCAUGUUCAACUUUGGUAUACUUCUGAGCAAAUAUUGUUCUGUCUUUUUACCAGCAACAUAAGUUAAUGAACACGAAAAGAAAAUUUAAACUGAAAGACAUUGCCUACAUACAAUCAGUGAACAGACUGAGUGUAAGUAUCAUAUAUGUUACACAGUUAGAACUAAUUUAAUGCUUGACCAUACAGAUAAAAUGUAUGCAUUUGGUUUAUCAAAGGAUUUUAACACAACGUGUUGAUUGUCACAAUAAUACCUAUAACAGUACAAACCUAUACAUACAAUAAACUUAAUAUCUAACCUCCUUACAUACUACCCACAAAGGACAGUUCAUGAUUUUGUCAACAUCAGUUUUACAAUAUUUAUUUUUCAUUAUGUAAUAAAGAUAGCAUACGGUAAUAUAUGUCAAUUUAUCGUGUUUAUCAUAUAUUUGACUUUCCGUAACACACGUGGGUAUAUGAUGAGCAGCGAUUGCUAAUUCGACUGUCUUUUCUGAAAUAUUUUGAAUCACGUGAACACGCAGAACUCUCCCAUUACGUCAAAUCAAAUGAAGGUAAACACAUUUAACAACUAUUUACCAUUCUAUAUCUUUUUCCUAGUGUACCAUUGAUAGAAACUCCAUUUCAUUCGAAUAUAAUUAAAAUACUGUAUAUAUGUUUUUAACUAUAAAUAUUUAGCUUUAAAUACGUAAAAAAAAGGUGAUGGCAUAUACUUUUUUCCUGAUUUUGGUAUUUCUUUGAUGUUGAAAAUGUGUGCACCAAUAUGUAGAAUUAUGUUUAUUAUUUCUCAUGUACAUGUAUA